AUGCCGCGCGGCCACCACCACCCGCUCCCACGCCGCGGUCGCCUCCUCCAGCUCGCCGCGGCGACGUCCGGGCUCCUGCUCAUCGCGCUGCUCGUCCUCCUCCCGGCCGCGCCGCCCUGGGAGCACACCACCGCGCCCGCCUCGCUCCUCCGCGCGGCCGUCGCGGCGCACCCGUCGCCGGACUCCUACGCGCGGCCCUGCGCCGACCACCUCUCCCUCUCGCUGCACCGCCUCCGCGCCGCGCUAUCCUCCCUGGAGUCCGGCGACGUCCCCGCCGCGCUCCACCUCGCCUCCGCCUCGCUCCAGUGCCAGUACGACUGCUCCCACCUCCUCUCGCUCCCGGCCUUCCGCUCCCACCCCCUCACGUCCCGCUUCCUCGAUUCCCUUGCCCCACAAACCCUAAAUGCUGCCCUGAAACCUCCCUCUUCCGCCCCUGCCGCUGCAUUCCCUGCGAGGAUCCGCCCUGACGCCACAGUGUGCAAACCGAAUUCCGGAGUGGAGCCGUGUGGCUACUCGACCGUGCAAGCCGCGGUGGAUGCAGCGCCGAACUACACUGCUGGCGCUGCUGGGCACUUUGUCAUAGCGGUUGCCGCAGGUAUGGGAGCUACUGUUAUCACUGCAUCACGGAGCGUGGGGAUUGAUGGGCUGGGAACUCAUGAAACUGCGACGGUGGCUGUGAUCGGUGAUGGGUUCCGCGCGAGAGAUAUAACAUUUGAGAACAGUGCUGGUGCUGGAGCUCAUCAGGCUGUGGCAUUCCUUUCAGAUAGCGAUCGGUCAGUGCUGGAGAAUGUAGAGUUCCGUGGGCAUCAGGAUACCCUGUGCCAUAUUAUAGGGACAGUGGAUUUUAUAUUUGGGAAUGCCGCAGCAGUGUUUGAGGAAUGCGUGAUUAAGACUGUACCACGGGCCGAGGGAGCUCAGAAGCGCGCACGAAAUGUGGUGGCGGCUAGUGGGAGGAUCGAUCCGGGGCAGACGACAGGGUUUGUGUUUGUGAAUUGCACUGUGGAUGGGAACAAAGAGUUUGUGGAAUUGUUUCGGACAAAGCCACAGUCAUACAGGCUGUAUUUGGGGCGGCCAUGGAAGGAGUAUGCCAGGACAUUGUAUGUCAGCUGUUAUUUGGGGACAGUUGUCAGGCCGGAGGGAUGGCUUCCAUGGCAAGGUGAUUUUGCUCUCAGGACACUCUAUUAUGGAGAAUUUGACAGUCGAGGCCCUGGUGCAAACCACACAGCAAGGGUUGAGUGGAGCAGCCAGACACCAGAGCAGCAUGUCAAACACUUUUCAACGGAGAACUUCAUUCAGGGCCAUCAAUGGAUUGCAUACUAA